CCGGAGUGUCAUCAGCAGUGCCUGUCUGUCUGUCUGUCUGUCGGGAGACGAGCGCGUACCGGUGCCGGCUGCUGCAGGCGGGCAGGUGGCGGCGGGAGGGAGGCGGACUGAACCGUUUGUCGCCGUUAAUUAAACUCACUUUCCGUCCAGUUUAAAUGAGCCUCCUGACUGAUUUUGACCGCGAAGAUGCUGACAGACGUGAUAGUGGAGGAAGAAUUUGAGAUCAAGGAGGAGGAACCGUGGUACGACAAGCAAGACCUUGAACAUGACCUGCAGCUGGCCGCCGAGCUCGGGAAGUCUCUUCUGGAGCGGAACAGGGACCUGGAGCAAAGGCUGCAGCACAUGUACUCCACCAACCAGGAGCAACUGCAGGAGAUUGAGUACCUGACAAAGCAGGUGGACCUCCUCCGGCAGGUCAAUGACCAGCACGCUAAAGUGUACGAGCAGCUGGACGUGUCGGCCCGAGAGCUGGAACAGAGCAACCACAAACUGGUUCUGGACAACCGGACGGCCCAGCAGAAGAUCCAAGGGCUGACAGAAACGGUGGAGCUGCUGCAGACGCAGGUGGAGGAGCUGCAGCAUCAAGUGGAGGAGCUGAAGUUGGGUCCUUGUCAGCCUCAGAAGCCUCUGGGCGGUGAGAAGUGGCCACCUCGCAGCACUCGGAGUGUGUCCUGCCUGAAAGAGCUGCAAAACACGCUCAGGUACGACUGUGACUCAGACAAACCAUCAGAUGGCUUCAAGUCCUCCGACGUGUCGUGGCAUGAGGAGGAGCAGGCGUCACUGCAACAGUCUCUCCGCACCCUCCAGACUCAGUUCGCCAGCGAGCGCGCUCGGAGGGAGGAGUCGGAGCGAGGGGUCGAGCUGCUCGCCAGUGAAAAUGCAGCGCUGGAGCAGCAGCUGGCAGGGAUGGAGGGCUGUCAGGCCAGGGUGGCUGAGCUGGAGUGUGAAGUCGAGGAGCUUCGUCAGCUCUGGAAAUCAGAAUCCUCUACAAGAUCCACCAGGCUGGACAUCAUCCACAGCCUGCUGCCCAGCUCGAUGCUCCUCAACCCGGAGGAGGAGAGCGAAGGAGGCGGGGCCACAGCGAAAACCCCUUCGGUCCUGAAGCGCUGGGACAGUGAGCGGCUGAUGAGGGUGGCGCAGAUGCCCGAUUCUCCCGACAGGAUCUACGACCACGAGUGCUCCUGUGUGCGCCGAGCCGAGGUGGUGAAGUAUCGUGGGAUCUCACUGCUCAACGAGGUCGACGCCCAGUACAGUGCUUUGCAGGUGAAGUAUGACGAGCUGCUGCAACGCUGCCAGCUGGGCCUGCAGGAAGAAGAGCAGGACGUCCACAUGUCUGUCCAGACAGCACCCUCUGCUGCCGCUUGUCCAGCUCUGACAGACAUGGAGGACUUUGAGGAGGACCUUCACCAACCGGAGUAUAAGGAGCUUUUCAGGGAAAUUUUCUCCCGCAUUCAGAAAACCAAAGAGGACCUGAUUGAAAACAGAGGAGGAGCCUCAGCUGUUACAGAGGGACUCUUUGGGUUGACUUUUACAGCAGCUUGUAAAACAAACAAACUCUCCACUUUACCAUAUGUUAUUUGACCAGGCAAGGUGAUUGCCAUGCAAAAGGGUUAAGAGAUAAGAGUGAUACAGGAACAAGAAGACACCACCAAACACCACCAGCUCACGUCUCAGAUGUGGUUUACUUUGCACAGGAACACCAGUGCCUAACGCUGCCGACGUCUCUUCUGUACAAUCACUCUACCUCACUUUGCACAACCCUGCUCACAAGCAAGCAGCUGAGGGAAACGUCUCUGGGUCUUCUUUUCAUGAGCUGCAUCAGUAACACUUUAUUUCAUGGGUCCCACAGUUUCCUAUUAAGUUCUAACAAAGAAACUCGCACAUGAAUGUAAAUUUUCCAAUAGCUUUCCUGGAAAAGACAGAGAUAGAAACAUUUUCAUGUAAACUAUUUCAAUUAAUUGUUGACUAAGUCAGUUGAACAAACUGCAAAAUACUAAAUUUAUUUACAUUUAAUUGUAUACAAUAAUCCAACAGUUCAGUUUAUAUAAAAAAAUUCUUUAUUGCUCAUUGUCUAUAUUUUUAAUUUUGCCAGAAAAGUCUGUUUGUCAGAGCUACAAAACUCAAACAUACAUUGAAGUUUACUCUCAUAGACUACAAAAACCAGCAAAUGGCGAUUAUCUAAAGUGGUGCUGUUUUAUUUUGUGUUAAUCAGUUAAUCUACCAGUUACCAGAUUGCUGCAGCUGUAACUGAUAGUUUGACCUGUAAAGUCUAAACUCAGUAUAUACAAUGACUUGACAAUCCAACAGUAUGAAAGGCCCAUUUUAGCUCCGUGUUUGGUCUCUACCACCUCAUGAGGGGAAAAUCUGCCUUUGUAGCUCAGCAAAAUGCUCUACAGCUAGCUGUUAGCUGUGUCUCUGUUGCUGGAGGGAAAAGUGCACUGCAGCUUUUUCAAGCUUUUUAACUGUGAAUGGCUGCCUGCUGCUGCCUUUCACACAUUACAAACAUAUUAAAUGUGAAUACUUCAAGCCUGAUCAGCUGCUUCUCUACUCUACUCUGCCCGUAGAUUAGUCCCAAAGCCCAGGAAUCUUCUAAAAAAUUAUUAGAAAAUAUGGGAACCAUAAAAUAAAUUGUUACUGCUGUAUCUGCUGUGCAUUUUGUUUACUGAGCCUCUAUGAUUUAAAUGUGAACUUUUUAAUUUAUUGUUUGCUUUGCAACUAUAUGAAAAAUGUAGCUUUCUUGGUGAGCGUUUCACCUGGGACCUAUAAGGGUGACCAGUAGGUGUAAUGUUGGUGAAGGAGUCUAUGUUGAUAGAAGUUAAAACAGGUGAUACAAGGUGCUAAAAUAUAAUUAGGAAUUUUGUUUUUGUAAUAGUGACAUUUCUGAAAAAGAAAAAAAAAAGCAAUAAACAAAACUACACUUUAGUAUACCGAUAGGUUAGGUGACUGUGACUGGAUGUUAUAUUAAAGGGCAGUUCUGAGGUUUACCAGAAGACUUGAUAGCAUAACUCCUGAUGUAUCAGCCUCAUUAAGCCAUGUGUGAUUAUGAGCUUUUCUCAGCAGCACUUCUGUUGCUUCUGCUGCCUGAUGUCCUUGUGAAGCUUAAGACUGUGCACAUAGUUUUUAGAUGAUCUAUAAAAUCACAUUGAGAUGCACUUUAGGAUUACACACGUAUCGUCUACGCUCUGCUGAUGCUUCACGUCUGUCUUAUGUGAUGUGCUACCAGACCCGAAUAAUCUGCUGUCUGGAUUUAUGUGCUUCUAUGUGUUUCAUGACAUGGUUUAUGUUGUUGCUCUGAGCCAUAAAACAUGAAGCAAGCUGAGUCAGCACGUCUUUUUUUUUUUUUUUCAUUAGUCAUUAAACCUUAUUUAUAGUGGCGCUGUCACACUUGAACAUCAUGAAUCACUGGUAGGCUUUGACCUUUACAUAAUACAUUUUGUUUCAUCUAAUGUAAUGAAACCGCUUUGAUGUCAGCCCUCGCUUUUAAAUCAACGCGUAACGAGGAAUAAUUUCUUCCAUCUCGCCUCAAAGAAAGAUUUUUCUCUUCAGAGAUGGUUAAAGCCGUGUGUUUUUAGACAAUACUGAUGUACAUACAGUUAAUGACUACAACAGAGACAAAAAAACAUGACAAGUUGAAAAACAAAUUACAGCUGUCAUCAUUUGAUGUACUCCUAAAUUUAGCCUCAAAAUAAAAAACAAUUUAAUCACAUUUUCGCUCUUGUAGGUUUAAGUCUUCUGUCGCUGUUAUUCUGUAUAUGAAAGGUUGGGAGUUUGUCCUGGAUGCAGAGACACUU